AUGCCCAAAUCAAACGGAGAAGAAUUCCUCGCCAAGGCCGAAAAGAAAGCAGGAUCCAGCGUCGGCUGGUUUGGCAGUUCAAGCUCGAAAUGGGAAGAAGCAGGAGAUCUGUUUACCCAGGCUGCCAAUGCCUUCAAAGUCGAGAAACGGUGGAAUGAAGCGGGGGCGGCAUUCGAGCGGGAAGCAUCAUGUCGGCAGCACGCCAACGAGGCGAACGACGCUAUGAAUGCCUACAAGAACGCCGCGAAUGCGUACAAGAAGACUAAUCCCGAGGCUGCUGUCUCUGCGCUGCACCAAGCUAUCAAGCUUCUCAUCCAGGCCGGCAACUUCCGGCAGGCGGCCGAUAGGGAGAAGGAGAUUGCGGGUAUCUACGCGCAGGACGGCCUCGACAUUGCUAAAGCCCGAGACAGCUUUGUUCGUGCUGGAGAUUGGUACAAGCAAGAGGAUGCCAAUGCUACCGCAAACCAAUGCUAUCAGCAGGCCGCAGAACUAUCAGGCGAUAUGGGCGAGUACCAACGCUCGAUGGAGCUGUAUACCACCGUGGCGGACUGGAGUCUGAGCUCGGCACUGACAAAGUACUCGGUCAAGGAGUACUGGUUACGGGCUGCCAUGUGCAGUAUGGCCAUGGGUGACCUAGUAACGACCCAACGCCUCCUAGACGAUUUCGCCCGUAAAGACGUUACAUUCCCCUCCACCCGCGAGGCCAAAUUCGCGUACGAGCUUAUGCAGGCGUGCGAAGAGGCGGAUGUCGAGCGGUUCACGGGCGCAGUGUUUGGGUACGAUCAGGUCACCAAGUUGGAUAAUUGGAAGACGGGGGUAUUGCUCCGGAUCAAGAAGGCGCUCGAGGAGGAUGAGGGAGGGUUGACGUAG